CGCGGCUCCGGCCUCGCUCGGCGCCCGGCGGUGGAUCGGGGCGGCGGAGAAGGAGGAGGAAGGAGAGGAGCGGGCGGGAGCGGGACGCAGAGAAGAAGCGCUGCGAGGAGCCAUGUCCGCGCCCGCCGGGCUGCCGCCGCGGCCCGCAGCCGCCGCCGCGUUUUCUCCGGGCGGGCCCGGCAGUUCCUUGGAGGCCGCGGCCCCUGCGAGCGGCGCGCCGCGCUGCCAGAACGGUCCUAUGCAGAGUCAGAUGCAGUUCCCCUCUGGCUAUGGCUCACAUCUUCCAAACUACAGUGCGCCUUCAGGACACUAUUCCCAAGUGCCCAAUAAAGCUGCUGCUUCACAUCUGGAUAAUCAGUACAGAGCCAGUUACUACCCUGGUUACUAUUCAGCACCAGCACAAAAUGUUAUGACAUCUGUGGGUAGCAACGUGUUGAAUGCACAGGAGUCACAUCAAUUGUACAACAACACUCCUCCCCAUUCAGGGGGCUCCAGUGACAGACCUGUUCAAGGAGCAGUAUCAUCUGCCUCCUACUUGCAUGUGAGUGCUCAGCAGUCAUAUUCAGCAUUUGAUAAUCACUACAGCACUUCUGUCAGCUCUUCAGUUGCAUCUCAGGGAUUUCCCCUUAAUUCUGAUCAGUAUGCUAUGCCCGUGGUUUCUGGUGCCAUGUAUCCUAAUGUUUCCUAUCCUCCUGUGGCUGCUGGAGGUGUGUAUGGGCAGACAUUUACCUCUCAGAGUCUACCUGCUGUUGGACAGUUCAAAGAGACAAAUGCAUUUUCUAGCCAGAGUACAUCAGUACCUCAUUCCCUUCAACAGCACGUUCCCAUGGGAUAUAAUACAACAUUAUCUACUGUUUCAUCUGCUCAGGCUGUGCAAGACAACCUCAGCAGGAAUCUCACCGGCUCAGUUCCUAAAGUAAACAACCAAAUAAAUACAGGUGGCAUUGACUCUUCACAGCCUGUGCACUCAGUGAGCCAGAAUGUUCCAUUUACCAAGCCUGGAGUUGGGACAUCUGCUUCCUCUGCUGUGAUGUCCUCAGUAAGGUCACCUGCUCCAAGCCUGUCUUCAAAGCCACCAUCUUCACCAUCUGUUACACAGUCACGAGAGCUGGCCCUUCAGGAAGGCAUGCAGUAUGGUGGAUAUGUUAAUAAUCAAGCUAGCUCUGCACCAGCUCCCUUGUCAUCAAGUUCAGAUGAUGAGGAAGAGGAUGAGGAGGAUGAGGAAGCAGCACUUGAUAGUUCCUCUACUACAAGCAGUGCCUCUCCUGUUCUGAACAAUUAUGAUGCUCUGGAGGGAGGUGGCUAUCCAGAGACACGUUCUGUGACUGGCAGUCCAGUUCCGUCUCCAUCAGUCGUCCAAACAUCAAAAGCUUCUAAGCCCUUUGGUUAUGGAUAUCCAGCACUGCAGCCAGGCUACCAAAAUGCAACACCACCUACUCCUGUGCAGCCCAGUAAUCCAGGACACCAUUCUGGUUUUCAGCACUAUGCACAGCAAUAUCCAGGUGUGAACCAGCUGUCCUCUUCCUUAGGAGGAUUAAGUCUACAGCAUUCUCAGCAGCCAGAAAGCUUGAGACCAGUAAACCUUACACAUGAUAGAAAUAUUUUACCAGUAUCUUCAGUUCCAGCACCUGUGCCUAACUUGAAUUCUGAUCUUAGGAAAUUAAACUGCAGUCCAGACUCAUUUCGAUGUACAUUGACAAAUAUUCCACAGACACAGGCCUUGUUAAACAAAGCUAAGCUUCCUUUGGGUUUGUUGCUUCAUCCAUUCAGGGAUCUGACGCAAUUGCCAGUGAUAACAUCAAGUACAAUAGUGAGAUGCAGAUCCUGCAGGACGUACAUCAACCCUUUUGUUUCUUUCAUCGAUCAAAGGCGGUGGAAAUGCAACCUGUGCUAUAGAGUUAAUGAUGUUCCUGAAGAAUUUAUGUAUAAUCCUCUGACACGAUCUUAUGGAGAGCCUCACAAACGGCCAGAGGUGCAAAAUUCUACAGUGGAAUUCAUUGCUUCUUCAGACUAUAUGCUUCGUCCUCCUCAGCCUGCGGUAUAUUUAUUUGUUUUAGAUGUGUCUCAUAAUGCAGUGGAGUCUGGAUAUUUGACAAUACUCUGCCAGUCAUUGCUGGAAAACCUAGACAAGCUGCCUGGAGAUUCAAGAACAAGAAUAGGGUUCAUAACGUUUGACAGCACUGUUCAGUUUUACAACUUGCAAGAAGGUUUAUCACAGCCUCAGAUGCUGAUUGUCUCAGAUAUUGAUGAUAUUUUCCUACCUACACCAGAUAGUUUACUUGUAAAUCUCCAUGAAAGCAAAGAGCUGAUAAAAGAUCUAUUGAAUGCAUUACCAAAUAUGUUCACCAAUACAAGAGAAACACACAGUGCAUUAGGCCCUGCUCUUCAGGCUGCAUUUAAACUGAUGUCUCCAACGGGUGGUCGGAUCUCUGUGUUUCAAACCCAGUUACCGUCUUUGGGAGCGGGGCUGUUGCAUUCCAGAGAGGAUCCCAACCAAAGGUCAAGCACAAAGGUGGUCCAGCAUCUUGGUCCAGCAACAGACUUUUAUAAGAAGUUGGCAUUGGACUGCUCUGGCCAGCAGACUGCUGUGGAUUUAUUUCUCUUAAGUUCACAAUAUUCUGAUCUAGCUUCUCUUGCUUGCAUGUCCAAGUAUUCUGCUGGAUGCAUCUAUUACUACCCAUCUUUCCAUCGCAGCCAUAAUCCUGCUCAGGCUGAAAAGUUGCAAAAAGACCUGAAAAGAUACCUGACAAGAAAGAUUGGAUUUGAAGCAGUUAUGCGCAUAAGAUGUACAAAAGGUCUUUCGAUACACACUUUCCAUGGGAAUUUUUUUGUACGAUCUACUGAUUUACUGUCCCUUGCCAAUGUCAAUCCUGAUGCUGGAUUUGCAGUACAAAUGUCCAUAGAGGAAAGUCUGACUGACACAUCUUUAGUUUGUUUUCAAACAGCUCUUUUGUAUACUUCCAGUAAAGGUGAGCGUCGAAUUCGAGUGCACACACUUUGCUUGCCUGUAGUGAGUUCCCUGUCUGAUGUGUAUGCAGGAGCAGAUGUACAAGCAGUCGUGUGCCUCUUAGCAAACAUGGCUGUGGAUCGCUCAGUUUCAUCCAGCCUUGCAGAUGCAAGAGAUGCCUUAGUCAAUGCUGUGGUGGACUCCUUGUCAUCAUACAUGUCAACUGCCUCCAAUCUGCAGCAGUCCAUGCUGAUAGCACCAAAUUCCCUCAAGCUUUUCCCACUCUAUAUCUUGGCUCUUCUCAAACAGAAAGCCUUCAGAACAGGCACAAGUACACGCUUGGAUGAUCGUGUCUAUGCAAUGUGCCAGAUGAAGAGCCAGCCUCUUGUUCAUUUGAUGAAGAUGAUACAUCCCAACUUGUACAGAAUAGACAAGUUGACUGAUGAGAGUACAAUACAUGUAAAUGACAGAGUUGUUCCUCAGCCGCCUCUUCAGAAGUUGUCUGCAGAGAAGUUGACAAGAGAAGGAGCUUUUCUUAUGGAUUGUGGUUCAACUUUUUACCUUUGGAUUGGAAAAAACUGUGAUAACAACUUCAUAAAAGAUGUUCUUGGAUACCCAAAUUAUGCGUCAGUGCCACAGAAAAUGACACAGCUUCCUGAGGUGGAUGCACCUUCGUCAGAAAGGACACGAUCUUUUAUAUCUUGGCUUAGAGAUAGUAGACCUUUAAGUCCAGUUCUUCAAGUAAUAAAAGAUGAGAACCCUGCCAAAACAGAUUUUUUUCAGCAUUUAAUUGAGGAUCGGACAGAAGCAGCUUUCUCAUAUUAUGAAUUCCUACUUAAUAUUCAACAGCAGAUUUGUAAGUGACCAAGGAAUAGGUAGAGGAAAGAGUCUGACUUCAGACAGAAGCAUGGGCCAAGAGAACCAUAUGGGAAGUUACAGAAGUGGAUGCUUGUCCUUCACAAUAUACAGUGGCCAGCACUGUUUUGGAAGCUUUACAGCUAAAGGAGUAUACAUUUCCAAAAGAAUUUUGCAGAUUACCUUCAGUCUAAAAGUGCUACAAGUGAUGAAGCUGUUUCACUAGUAAACUUUAAAAUUGGUUUGUACACAUUUCCAGUUGUGCAGCGGUAUGGUGCUCUGUUUGUUGCAAGCUGGUGAAUUAUGUAGCUAUGUGGGAUGAUAUUUCUUAACAAAAUGUACAAUUAGGUAAAGCCUUUUUUCUUACAUUUGUUAUAGUAGCCCUUCCAGAUCCAAAUCCUUAACAGAGAUGUCAAAAGGGCAGUGAUGUAUGUUGGUUGUUUAUAUGAAUUUCUUUUUAAAAGGAAUGGUUCAUACUUGCUAAAGACUUCGGCAAAUUCCCUGUGGAAGUUGUAGAGUUUCAGUAAAAUAAAUCAAUUGUAGAAAUAAAAUAUAUAAUGUACAUAGGUAUUACAUUUGUAAAGAAAAUGUAAAAAAUGUAACUAAAAAAAGACCUAGCUCAUUGUGCAGAAUUGUUGAAUGCUCGAUGAUGAUGAAUUGUUUUGUCCCAGGCUAGAUAAUGAAGUUGACUAUUAAAACAUGAUAAAAUUAUCAAUGUAGAAGGAAUAUAGCUGCUGCUUCUGUUAAUUUUAGGUGAAUUUAUUUAUGAUUGGCUUACUAAUUAAAAUAUUUUGCUUUGCCAUGUGGUUUUAUAUUUAUACAACUAUAAUCAUUUUCCAGCUAAACUCUUACCAAACUGAAUAUUGAAGAAAACAUGUUUACCACCUUAUUUCACAGACCUGUGGAAGGGAGAAGAGCACACCACAUAAUCUGAAAUAAGUUUUGAUACAAAGUUCCUAAACCCCUUCUUAUGUAUUACCCUAAAGAAGGCAUAUCUGUUAACCUUGUUUUGCAUUUUAUAACUACUGUAGUCUUGGUCCAGGUUUCUUGUGUUCAGUAACUUGUGUUGUCUGCCAUUUAGAGUAAGCGUGGGUAAUCACUCACACUUGAAGAUUUGAAUUCUGCUGUGAUCUAAAGAAAAACAAGAAGGGAUGUCAAAAUUAAUUACAUUAUAUCAGUGAAAGUAAAGGCUUUAAAAUGACAAAAUUCAAAAUGUAAUCACACUUGCAUAUUUCAGAAACUUUAUUCUUGCUAAUGUUUUGGUAACUUAAGGGUUUGGGCUUUUUGAUAGAUUAAUGACAGGUGUUUUUCAGUUUGGUUAGGUUGGGAUGGUUUUCUUUGGCCUUUUUUUAGAGACACAUUAGAAUUAAUCCAUAAAGCACAAUCAUACUUAGUUUCCUGAACUUUGUUUAUAUGUUUGCUUUAAUGAAAUGUGACUACAAUGGAAUAAUUAGGUACAAAAAAAGUAAAUUAUUAUUAGUAUGAUUACAUUUUAAUUUAAUGUAGCCUUGAAAAUGCUAACAUUGUAUUUUAACUGCUAUAGCCCCCGAAUCAAAUAUUCAAGGAGAAAAUGUACUAGCUAUGGUUUGCAAAUGCUUUAAAAUCUACAACAGUUAAAUUGCGCCAGUAGUGUUACUCUGCAUGUUAGCACAAACUCAUUGUUUGGAGAAGAUACCUUAUAUUUGUGUGCUGUCCUUAACUAAAUGUGUUUAAGUUACCCAAAGAAUUACAUAAGAGAAACUUUCCAUUAGUAAAUUAAUUUAUCAUGUAAUAAACAUCUGAGGCAAUGCUGAAUGUUGUCCCAAAAUUAGACCUUCAGGAUUUCAGUGCUUGUUUGUAAAGUAAUGUGCAUUGGGUGAAAGCUAAGUGCUGCUGAAGAGUGGGGCAUCUUAAAAAUAAUUUGUAGUUGUGAAGAUGAGAAAAGCAUGUUAACAUUUCAAAUGCUCUAUGAAGAUGCUUCUGAUUUGUGAGUUUGAUGUUGAUAUCUGGGAACAUGUUAUGCCAUGAUUAAUUGCAACACAUUCUGUAAAAUCAUUUCUUAAAGCUUUAUUCUUCUAGUAUAGUUUUUGUAUAUAAAAAUUAUGAAAACUACAUCUUUAGAGCUAUUUGUUCAGUAAAAUUAUUACACAGCA